CGCGAGUUCAUUAGGUUAAGUAACGCUUGGCAACGACACCACCCGGAAGCAAACCGGAAGUAUAUAAUAACUAGUUGUGCCACGCUGUUCGGUAAUAUACCUCUUGCACGUCACUCUUUCAGUUUGGUUUCAACACCAUGGCCCUCUACGUACGCCAUCCCCGGUUCACGGUCGCCCUCCUCGUGUUAGUUUUCAUUUCGUUGGUUAUGUAUGCGAGCGAUUCUUCUCUUCGCUCAGUGGCCUUGUACAAGCCCCGGGGCGCGCUUGCAGAGACCCUUGCGUUGGAGGAGAUGUAUUAUAACGAAAUGCUACCGCGACGACAGGAACUUAUCAAAAAAUGGGGACCGACACCAGAGAGAGUCGAGUCGUUUCCCUUGCAUAGCGAAUAUUACACGCUUUGGGACUUCUUUCUCCCGUCGUUUAGAUGUCCCCAUCGCGUCGAGCGUGUAGGGAUUAUGGGUGAUGGAGGUAAAUGGGUUUGUGGACUAGAACGCAUAGCUCCCAAAAGGAGAUGCAGGAUCUAUUCUUUCGGGGUUAACGGCGAGUCGUCUUUUGAGGCGGAUCUCAUGAAAGCAGCCCCUGGUUGUCAGGUUUAUGGCUAUGAUUUCAGUGUCAGCUCCUUUGGUCCUGAGAUCGAAGAAGACACGAUUCUGAAGUCACGCUCGCACUUUUUCCCAUACGCACUUGGACAUGAAGACAAACACACCGUAGCCGACGAUCCAAAAACGUUCACCCUUCGUACUCUUAUGGAGCGGAAUGGACAUGAUUUCAUCGAUAUCCUUAAAGUCGAUAUCGAAGGCAAUGAAUUUGACUCUCUGUCAGCUUUCAUCGACUCUUUCCACGGUGAACCGCUCCCAUUCGGCCAACUCCAGCUUGAAAUCCACGUGUACCAAAAUACUGCCUGGGACAACUUCCCGAAGUUCCUCGGAUGGUGGGAAAAGUUAGAAGCUGCUGGCUUGAGACCGUUCUUCUCUGAACCAAAUCUCGUCUACAUGAAUAUUGUCAGAGGUACUCGCCCAGAUCUGGUAGAGUACUCCUUCAUUAAUAUUCGCGGUGAUCAUGAGCUUGUGUCCAACUGACCUGCAUCAUGAUCUUCGCAAUCCCCUUAAAAGCCUGUCGCCCGGACAGAUUUAUGUAUCAUGAUUGGACUCGUUGGCAUCAUUCCUUUCUACUGUACUUGAACGUUUAUUAUUAUGAGCGGUAUCAACGUCGAUCCUUACUCCGUUUGUCGCUCACCCCUGUAACUGGGAGAAAUGCAUUUUUACAUAGGCUGACCAGCUGCAUGACAGGUGCACACAUAGUUCUCUACUUAGCUUUAAAAUCCCAAGACCGCUCGUUUGUAUGUUUGAUGCAUGUAUCAAAUGUAUUAGCUAACUUAUAGGUCGUCAUUAUACCCAUGGGUUCAGUCGCUGAUACCCCUAAGUAUACCC